AGUAGAGAGGUUAGGGCGGAGGUAGAAACAUGAGAGAGAUUGUGCACCUUCAGGCAGGCCAAUGUGGCAACCAGAUCGGAGCCAAGUUCUGGGAAGUCAUCAGUGAUGAACACGGCAUUGAUCCCACUGGAGCCUACCAUGGAGACAGUGAUCUGCAGCUUGAGAGAAUCAAUGUGUAUUAUAAUGAGGCUACAGGUGGUAAAUACGUACCCCGAGCAAUCCUUAUGGAUUUGGAGCCUGGUACUAUGGAUUCUGUUCGCUCAGGACCCUUUGGGCAGAUUUUCAGACCAGAUAACUUUGUGUUUGGACAGAGUGGUGCUGGUAACAAUUGGGCCAAAGGACAUUACACUGAUGGAGCUGAAUUAAUUGACUCUGUUCUGGAUGUGGUGAGAAAGGAGGCUGAGGGAUGUGAUUGCCUGCAGGGAUUCCAGCUAACCCACUCGUUGGGUGGUGGUACUGGCUCUGGCAUGGGUACACUCCUUAUCAGUAAAAUCCGUGAAGAAUAUCCUGACAGAAUUAUGAAUACUUUCAGUGUUGUGCCUUCACCAAAAGUGUCAGACACGGUAGUAGAACCUUAUAAUGCCACCUUGUCUGUCCAUCAGCUUGUAGAGAACACUGAUGAAACCUUCUGUAUUGACAAUGAGGCUCUGUAUGACAUAUGUUUCCAUACCCUUAAACUGACAACGCCAACUUAUGGUGAUUUGAAUCACCUAAUGUCAGCUACCAUGAGCGGUGUAACAACCUGUCUGCGUUUCCCUGGUCAGCUCAAUGCUGACCUGCGUAAACUAGCAGUGAACAUGGUGCCUUUCCCCCGACUGCAUUUCUUCAUGACAGGCUUUGCUCCUUUGACCAGCCGUGGCAGCCAGCAAUACCGUGCCCUCACAGUACCUGAGCUUACCCAACAGAUGUUUGAUGCCAAAAACAUGAUGGCAGCCUGUGACCCUCGACACGGCCGCUACCUGACUGUUGCUGCCAUUUUCCGAGGACGCAUGUCCAUGAAAGAGGUGGAUGAACAGAUGUUGAAUGUCCAAAACAAAAACAGCACAUACUUUGUUGAAUGGAUUCCCAAUAAUGUUAAGACAGCUGUUUGUGAUAUCCCACCUAGAGGCCUCAAGAUGUCUGCCACCUUUAUUGGCAACAGUACAGCCAUCCAGGAGCUGUUUAAACGCAUCUCUGAGCAGUUUACUGCCAUGUUCCGGAGGAAAGCCUUCUUGCAUUGGUACACUGGUGAGGGCAUGGAUGAGAUGGAGUUUACUGAGGCUGAGAGUAACAUGAAUGACCUGGUUUCUGAGUACCAGCAAUAUCAGGAUGCUACAGUUGGAGAUGAAGGUGAAUUUGAGGAGGAGGGUGAAGAAGAGGCUGCAUAAAUAAAAAGACUUGUAUAUUGUGAACUUCUAAACAUGUUUUCUUUGUUACAUUAAGACCUGUUUCUGAAGUUUGUCUAUUUUCCCGUUCUGUGGUUUUGUAUCUUCUGAUUUUUUUUUAAACUACUGGUUUUUAUUCGAAUAAAAAUUGUUGAUAGUAAUUUAAUUUAUAUAUUUUCUCUCCAUGUUUUCGAUUUAGAGCAUGUAAAACAUAAAAGAUCCUGGAGUUGUACAUGAUAUAAUUUCACAAUGUACACGUGAGAUUACUAUGUUGGCCAGACUGCAUUUUUUUUUUCUCUAACUCCCACACUGCCACCUAACAGCAAAAGUGCUUAUUUUUCCCCAGCACUCAUGUGUGCGCAGGUGUAUGACACAGUGAAUGAACAAUGUGUGCAUAAAACUUCAUUCAUAUUCCACCAUCAGGAAGAAAGGAAAUACCGUGUGGGCAGUGAUGCAUUGUGUACCUCAACAAAGGGUAGUACUGAGUGAACACAGCAUUACAUUUAGUUGACACCAAUCAAUGAGAAAUAAUUUUGCUAAAUGGCUUUCAGCUGCUACUUAUUUUUUGUAACAUUCUUGCACCCAGUCGAUGAACAGCUCUUAUGGUGCAGUGGUUUGUUUUUAGAUAUUUUUAUUGAAAAUUUUAACAUGUUUUAACAAGUU